AUGAAGUUCUUUGAAGUCCUGAUGCAUGUUAUAACGCCCAACAAUAAGCAGCAUACCUCUGACUGCAAGGCAUUCCUUGUUACAACAAUAACUCCCAAGAAGGCCACCAUUUACAAAACAACUACAAUCACCAAGAAGACACCAACUGUCAGAAAGUCAAUCACCGCUACUAGUACCUCGUCCGCCAUCGCUACGAGCGUAAGCUCCGUCGUGCAAACCGUUACAGAGAACAUCGUCGUGACGCGGACCGUGGAGCAAACCAAAUUCGUAACCGAGCAGGCCACGGCGACAAUCACGACCCAGGAUGCCAAUGUCAACCCGCCUUUCAAGCACAAACGCUCUGCACCUCGCAUCCCAGAAUACCUCGACAACAUAUGCACAAACUCCGCUCAAUACUCAUCGGCUUGCUCCCGCAUCGGCGUCACUUCCAAGACAGUCAACGGCCCUCGGGUAACCGUCGUGUCUAAGAUAAUCCGCGUGAAAAUCCCGCGUGCCAGCACCAUCAGGACGACGGUCAGCACCACCUGGGUCACUCAGACGGUCAAGACCACUGUCGUCUUGAAGACCUACAGCACUGAGGAAGUCACCAAGACUAUCGAUGUCGUCACUGACGAUGUCGCCAUUGCUACCAAAACCGUCACUGAGACGACUACAAAGACCGAAAUAGCUGAGCCGCUUCAGACUGUCAAGUUGUUUGCAGUUGGUAGCGAUGACCCUGACCUCGCACUUUCAGGGUUUGGCUUUUCCUUCCUUGAGGCCUCCCAGGGCACCACAUUCUACGUGGACUUCACUUCUGAUUCCGGCAGCCUUCAGCAGUAUAGCAUACACAAGGGAACUGGCGAAGUGAAAGCACUCAACGGACCUGGUGGCGCAGUUGGCAAGUCGGCUUCAUACAAUUUCUAUCCUGGAAGUGGAAACCCCUACGGUGCUGUCAUGAUUCAGGGCCAGGGUGCGCCGCCCUUGGUUUGCAAGGUCGUAGAUGGAGCGACUUAUAAUUAUCUACAAUGCAAAUUCGGAAACAGCCAGAUCGCUGACUUUUGGACAUGUAACGGGCGUUUGUUGUUGGUCGCCCCAGGGUAUGACUUGUCAAGCUGUGUUAUGGAUGGCAAUUCGUACACCGGUUAUCCCAUUCCUCUUAUCCGAGUAACAAGCAAUUAA